GACCACGAAUCCGGAGACAGGAAUCCACCAGGAAUCCUCGUCCUGCAUCAUGCACACUGGUCCUACAGCAUCUCUAACAAAUUAAAUGAAGAAUAAAAAUAAUAAAUAGCGCUGAAGCACUAAGUACGAUAUCAAGUUCAUUAAUGUUAUAAUAAAAUGUCUCUCAGCCCAAACUCCCGACUGGUGCAACGUACGAUUGAGUUGAACUACACAAACAAGAAACGCUCGACAUCGUUCAAAUGGAUCGUCGUCAAUGCAGUAUUCUUGCUCGUAUUUGUUUAUGAUUUGUCGUGCAAGUGCCCAGGCUACACGUCCGUGCUGCACUAUGUGGAGCUGGGCUGUGCCGUAGUGCUGGCCGCCAACUUGCUGCAGUACGCCGUGCGUCUGGCGCCGAGCCGCGCGCCACGCCUGCCGCUGUCGCCCGAGCAACAGAAGCUGCUCGGCCUCUCCAGCACUGACCUUGAUUCGUCGUUCAUCCUGACGGAGCACAAUGGCAGCGGCCGAAGUGACAGCGGCGCCGCUACAGCCACAGAGGAGCUGUCGCUGUGGCCGGCGCGUUCGCCGCCGCGCACACCGCCGCGCUCUCCACCCUCGCCGCCCCGAGCUCCCUGCGAGCCAUCACCGACGUCGCGCCGCGCAUCUUCGUCGCCCACGCUGUCGCCCGCCGCCACAUUCGCUGACGACGCGGACUCGCUCGCGGAGUACCUUGCGCGCUGCGCGUCCAGCGGCGGGCCUGCGCCGCUCUACCAGCUGUCAGCUGUCGACACCGGCGGCGGGAAGCUGGAGGAGAGCUCGCCGCAGGGCUCGCCCGACACCUGGUGGCGCCUUGACCUCGACCCGCAGCGCCUCACGCAGUACAACCUCAACCUGCGCCUGUGGAUCCACAUCACCAUCCUGCAGCGACUGCUGCGCGAGCUGCGCGCGGCGGACGAAGCGCUGGCGCGCGCGGCGCUGUGCGAGGCGGGCGCGCUGCGCGGCGGCCGCGUGCCCGUGGCGCGCCUGCGCGCGCUUGCGGCGCACGUGCCGGCGCUGGCCGCGCUGGCGCCCUUCCUCGAGCCCUUCCCCGACCAGCGCUAUGCGCUGCGGCGCAUCGCCGAGCUCGCGGAUGGCGGCUGCCUCAGCGCCUACCGCUGGGACAGCGGCGGCGCGGACUGGGAGCCGAGCCAGCCGCCCGACGCCGAGCUGCUGCUGCGCCUCGUGGCCGCCUACCUGGACGGGCAGCUGCCGCGCGGCGCGCGCGCGCGACCCUUCAGCGACGAGUACCUGGUGGAGGGUGCGACGCCGAACAAACAGCUGGCGAUCGCGCGGCUGCGCGCGCGCCCGCCGCACUUUGCGCUGGUAUGGCGCGGCGCAACGCUGGGCGUGGCGCGCGGCCGCAACAACCUGCUGCACACGCUGCUGCUGUUCCUGGCGGCGGCCGCGCGCGCCGACCCGCCCGCGCUCGCGCGCACGCAUCUCGGCCGCGCCGGCCUCAACAUGCUGUGGAUCAUCGGCCGCUAACAACCGACAAUAUAUUUUUACAAUAUACAUCUCAAUAAAUUUUAUCAUAAUU